GCUGAGGCGCGCAGUUUGAGCGCCGGUUGCUAUGCUAUCGGCCCGAGGGAUUGUCCCUGCGUGGGGCCAGCCCGGGUGCUAGGAUUGUCCUCAGCGUUUCUCGGAGUCCCGUUGCAGCAGCAGCAGCAGGAGGAAGAGGAAGAUCCCCUGAGGAAGAGCUCUCGCUGCCCCCGCGUCGCCGCUUCCCAAGGGACGGAGCCUGGCCGAGGAGGGCUGACCUUCUGCCUUCUCGCUUGCAGGAGAGUGGCGAGGGAAGAUGGAGGAAGGGAAAGCGUAUUCACCAGACGGAGUGUUUGCUCACCUGGAAAUGCUGGAGGCGCGGGCUCAUGAGGCAGCCGUGAAGCAAGAGGAAACGAAGCAGCAAGAAGAGAAGCUGGCCAGGCUGAAAGCGAGAGUGCAGGAGCUGAGACUCCAGAGGGACGAGCUGCGGGCUAAAGUGGAUCUGCAGCAAAAGGGGCAACUUGGGAAAGGAGGAGUCGUGUCGGAUCCGGCGCAGCCCAGCGCUCGAGCUGUUUUAGAGUGGAAGAUAAAAAGCGUUAAGGCCAUGCUGCAGGUCUUUUACCUCACAGGGAUCAGUGGGAAGCUGACCAAGCGGGGAGUGUGUUUCUGCAUCAGCACGGCUUACGAGGGCACCUACUUGGAUUCUUACUACCUGGACCUGCUCGCCAAGCCAGAGGUGCAGAUUCACCGCCACUCCAUCCCCAUCUUCAUCCCCCUGGAGCAGAUAGCCAAGAAGUACUUGCAGACGGACAUCAGGCGCUUCUUGUCUGUCCUGUCCGACCACCUGAACGCUUACGCUGGGAGGAGGUACCAGGCAGACCAGUUACAGGAACGCUUUUCAGACCAGAUAGAAGGAACCUUGCAGAGGAACUCCUUGUGUAACUUGCUGGUCUUUAAUUACAACGUGUCAAGCAAAAGCAAGACCUUUCCGUUCAACGUGAGGCUGCUUUACGGAGAUCUCUGUUGUAGCCUCCCCACGGAAGUCAUCAUUUCCUGCACACUCUACUUACGGCCUUGGACUCCUUUCCGAUCCUUGAAAACCUGGCACCCAGCCCCAUGACCUUUCUGUAGGGUGGGAGUUACUUGCAGGCGAAGAAGACAGGAUCUUUUGAGCAUUAGGAAUUUCUCUCUCUCGAUGCAAUGAGAUAAAUGAUGAAUUGAGGCCUGGUGGUGGGAUGUCUCACGUUGUGCAGCCAGGCCCUAAC